GCACCAUCUGUCGAAUUAAAAGGCACAGUGUCAGAUGAGAUGCAGCGACAGGGGCCCUCGCAGGGGCCCUCGCAGGGGCCCUCACAGGAACCUCACAGGAACCUCAUAGGAGCCCUCACACCGGCCCUCACACUGGCCCUCGCAGGGGCCCUCACACUGGCCCUCACAGGGGGCCUCGCAGGGGCCCUCGCAGGGGCCCUCACACUGGCCCUCGCAGGGGCCCUCACAGGGGCCCUCGCAGGGGCCCUCACACUGGCCCUCGCAGGGGCCCUCGCAGGGGCCCUCACAGGAGCCCUCACACCGGCCCUCACACUGGCCCUCGCAGGGGCCCUCACACUGGCCCUCACAGGAGCCCUCACACCGGCCCUCACACUGGCCCUCGCAGGGGCCCUCACACUGGCCCUCACACUGGCCCUCACAGGAGCCCUCACACCGGCCCUCACACUGGCCCUCACAGGGCCCUCACACUGGCCCUCGCAGGGGCCCUCACACUGGCCCUCGCAGGGGCCCUCACACUGGCCCUCACAGGGGGCCUCGCAGGGGCCCUCGCAGGGGCCCUCACACUGGCCCUCGCAGGGGCCCUCACAGGGGCCCUCGCAGGGGCCCUCACACUGGCCCUCGCAGGGGCCCUCGCAGGGGCCCUCACAGGAGCCCUCACACCGGCCCUCACACUGGCCCUCGCAGGGGCCCUCACACUGGCCCUCACAGGAGCCCUCACACCGGCCCUCACACUGGCCCUCGCAGGGGCCCUCACACUGGCCCUCACACUGGCCCUCACAGGAGCCCUCACACCGGCCCUCACACUGGCCCUCACAGGGCCCUCACACUGGCCCUCGCAGGGGCCCUCACACUGGCCCUCACACUGGCCCUCACAGGGGGCCUCACAGGGGGCCUCGCAGGGGCCCUCGCAGGGGCCCUCGCAGGAUCCUCACUUUUCUUCUACUUUUCAUGUUCCAAUGACUUUUAAACAUACAAUAAGAUUAAAAACACCUGCAUCAGUAGCAGCUCGGAUCUGUUGGUGCUGAGGGACAAAGCGGACGCACUAGAACCUUCGUGGUCAUAAAGAGGGAGUCAGCUUCGUGUUCCAGUUUCAGGUCUUUCACUGGAUGAGUCGUUUCAGGAACAGCAAUGGGGAAGCUUCUCUGCGGGCUGAAACCGAAGCAGGAAGUGCAAACUCACCUCAACACAGAGUGUUUGACUGAAGUCAAGCAGCUGCUGAGUUGAGCUAGUUCCAGGUUCACUGAGUGGACGUGAUGGAGGCCAGGCUGUGUUGAGGACAACGGUGCUGCUGUGGAGGCUCCACCUGCUGAGCGUUGAUGGAGGCAGGAAUUCUGCGCCGAAUUGGCCUCACGCAGCAAAUACAGUGGUGGAAAUGACUGCAGCUGUCAUUCAGCAACACGUGAGCCGUGACUCAUCAGAUGGUUAUCGUGUCCGCGUCGCAGCGCUGGCUUCUGCUGUGACCUGAUCGUCGUGUGCAUUCACACUAUUAACGAAUCUGCUUCCUGUCACACAUCUGAUGUUUCUAACUGAAAGUUUCAGUUAGAGCCUGGUCUGUGGAACCUGCUCAGCUCAGGGCUGCUCUAUACACAGUGGUUAAUGUUUUAAUAGCUGGACAGCAGGUGAGGUCGAAGCUCGCGGCUUCCUGCUGCUUUAUAAAACGUUUUCUUGAGUGUGACGUCAGGUCUCAUCCAUCAAGCUGAUGAACUUCCUGCACGUCUUUGUUCCAGCUCUCUUUCAGACACAGUAGAGUAUUUUACUGUGGUUUGCAUGUCCCUCCUGAGGCUCAAUCAUACAAAAACGCAAACGACACCAGCGCCACAGCUCAAUUCAGAUGGUCUUUGUGUUAUUAUUUGUUGUGACUCAUAUUAGUACGGCUGCUUUUCCAGCUCAGCAAAGUGUAAGGUGUUUUUCCGACUGGGCUCAACUGAUGAGGCUUCAUUUGCUUACUGGCUGCAGCUCGUUUGAAUAGUGAGAGACAUCAAAACACACUCCAGGUCACCAGAACAUUUUCCUGGAAAGAGAAGCAAACAAUCCAACAGGUCGACAAACUCAGGGUGAGGUCUGGCACCAGCACCUGCAGCCGUCUGUCUGUUGAGUGUGUGUGCUUCGACUCUGACCCCAGGAUUACUCAUUAGCUCCCCAUGUCCACCGGUGGAAAUCUGUCCCCAGGAAGAGCUCUUAGUGUAAAAUGGAACCAACUGCAUUGACCACGGUCUACAUUUAGCCCCCAAACCUAAUAAGCUGGAAAUGUACUAAAGCUGGUGUCCCGGAGCCUGGAUUAAUCACGCAGACACUCACG